CUUCCCUUCCCUUCGUCCUCAAUCCAAUCCACCAGCCCGCCCCGCCCCCGUCCCCAGCGACAACUCACCGGCCGGAACGCGGUUUUACCUGGCUACCGGCGCUUAAAAGACGCCAUCGCCAGCCAACCACUGAACCACAACGCAACACCACCACGCAACGCAUCCCGCUCCAUCGCCAUUCGCCACACCCACCGCACACACGUCUCUGCGCGCGUACGUGCCGAGCUCUGACCGGACGGGCAUGGUGCACCACCACCGGGCGAGCCUCCUGCAGCACCACGACCAACAGAAGCUCGACGAGGAGAAGCAGCAGGUGGAGGAGAUGAAGGAGCUCCGGGGCCGGCUGGUGGACUACGCGUGCCACCACCGCAAGCACGGCCACGACGCGCUCCUCCUCAUGCUCGCCGGCUUCGCCUUCGUCUCCUGCCUCCUCCUGCUCCUCCCCAACAGCCCCUUCUCCGCCGCCAUGGACGACCUCCUGCAGCUCGGCCGCACGCAUCGCUGCGACCAGGAGAUGGCGCCCACGCCGCCGGCGCCCUGCGCGGGGGUGCCCUACGGCGCCGUCUGCUGCGACCGCUCCUCCCCCCGCGCCGACCUCUGCGUCAUGCGCGGGGACGUCCGCACCCACGCCGCCUCCAACGAGCUCUUCCUGCUCGACGCCGCCGCCGCGGCCGACGAGCGCAUCCGCCCCUACACCCGCAAGUGGGAGUCCAGCGUCAUGAGCACCAUCGACGAGCUGCGCCUCCGGGCCCUGCCCGACCCCGAGGGUGCUUCUGCUAACGAUGCAGUGCCAGCGCGCUGCGACGUCCGGCACGACGUCCCCGCCGUCGUCUUCUCCACCGGCGGCUACACCGGCAACGUGUACCACGAGUUCAACGACGGCAUCAUCCCGCUCUACAUCACCGCCCGGCGGUACAACAGGAAGGUGGUGUUCGUGAUGCUCGAGUACCACGACUGGUGGAUGACCAAGUACGGCCACAUCGUGGAGCAGCUCUCCGACUUCCCGCCCCUCGACUUCUCCAACGACACCCGCACGCACUGCUUCCCGGAGGCCGUCGUCGGCCUGCGCAUCCACGACGAGCUCGCCAUCGACGCGUCGCGGAUGCCGGGAAACCAGGCCGGCAUCCAGGACUUCCGGCACAUGCUCGACGACGCGCACCGCGGCCGCAUCAACGCCAUCAUCGAGGAGGAGAACGCCGCGCCACAAGCCUCCCCGGCGGCGGCGGCACUAGCGAAGAAACUCGUCACGGAGCAGCUCGCGGACGACGACAAGCCGCGGCUGGUGAUCGUGUCCCGGAACGGGUCGCGUGCGAUCGAGAACGAGCCGGAGCUGGCGCGGGAGGCGGCGAGGGCGGGGUUCCGGGUGACAGUGCUCCGGCCGCGCCCGGACACGGAGCUCGCGCAGAUGUACCGCGUCCUGAACGGCUCGGACGUGAUGGUGGGCGUGCACGGCGCCGCCAUGACGCACUUCCUCUUCAUGCGCCCGGGGUCGGCCUUCAUCCAGGUGGUGCCGCUCGGCACCGACUGGGCCGCCGAGAACUACUACGGCGAGCCGGCGCGGCGGCUCGGCCUUCACUACAUCCCCUACAAGAUCCUGCCGUCGGAGAGCUCGCUGUUCCGGCGCUACGCCAGGGACGACCCCGUGCUCACCGACCCCGUCGCCGUCAACGCCAAGGGGUGGCAGGUCACCAAGAGGGUGUACCUCGACGGGCAGAACGUGCGGCUCGACAUGGCGCGGUUCCGGCGGCGGCUGCGCGAGGCAUACGGCCACUGGGCGGCGCAGCGGCGGCGCCAGCAGAGCCAACCGUUGUAGCAUGGGCGGUGUCCAUACUCCAUACGUUUUUCUUUGUUCUUUUUUUUUUCUUCCGGCGAGAAGAUGCAUGAUACUGUAUAGAAAAAAUAUUUUUGUUGUUUA